CGGGUUACGGAAAACUAUUUUUCGCAGGAACUCAGGAACAACGAUCCCACAUUCCCACUUAUAUUGCGAGUGCGACUCUAUUGUGCUCUAUGAACUUGACUCAGCACAAAUUCGAUCCUCCCUGCGCUAGGUUAUGUGUUAAAUGAAAAAGAACAGUAAUACUCGAAUAGCUCGUACUAUGCCACUUAUUUCCUACGUUCAUCUCCUUCACUGAUAAUAAUACCAAUAACGUCUCCAAGAAGUGGCUUGUGCUGCAGGUUUCUUGCUUUAUCCAAUAUGGCAUCUGAAUGUGCAACUGAUGUUGAAAUGAAGAAUGUUGACAGCCCAGCUGGUGAGGGAGAUUCCGGUGAGAAAAAAGAUGUUAAUGCCAUAACAAUUCAUGAUAUCCGUGAGCACACUCGUCAAAUUGAAAAAGCAGUUCAGACGAAAGAGCCAAGGUUUGUCCUGAGAGUUCUGCGAUCCCUGCCAAACACACGCAGAAAACUCAAUCCUACAGUUCUUCACAGUCUCAUUUCUGGUUUUUACACGCACUCUUCUUCUGAGAGAGAUUCACUUCUGGCUUUCGUUGAAGAUCCAUCAGAGAGUGUGAAUAUUCAAAAAUUUAGAACCGGUAAAAAUGCAUCGGCCCCACUAUUGCCAGAGAUUGACAUCUAUAUUCAUCUCUUAACCCUUGUUAGAUCCAUCGAUAAUAAGGAGUACGCAAAGGCAGUGGUUUGUUCAGAUGUGCUCAUGGCCAAAGUAACAUCUCAGAAUCGCCGCACAUUAGACUUGCUAGCCGCGAAGUGUUAUUUCUACCAUUCACGUAUUUAUGAAAUAACAGAUCAACUUGAGAAGGUCCGUGCCUUUUUGCACUCAAGAUUACGAACAGCAACACUUCGCAAUGAUUUUGAAGGACAAGCAGUGUUGAUCAACUGCUUGCUUAGAAACUAUUUGCAUUACAACCUUUAUGACCAAGCGGAUAAGCUUGUCUCAAAAUCAGUAUUCACUGAAGCUGCAAGCAAUAAUGAGUGGGCAAGAUUUCUGUACUACCUGGGUCGGAUCAAAGCAGCAAGGUUGGAAUAUUCUGCUGCCCACAAACAUUUGAUGCAAGCAAUGCGGAAAGCGCCUCAAGUAACAGCUGUUGGCUUCAGACAAACUUGUCAGAAGUUAGAUGUUGUUGUUGAGCUGUUAUUGGGUGAUAUUCCUGACAGACAAAUAUUUCGUCAGGCAACAUUACGUAGAGCCCUAGCACCUUAUUUUCAGCUAACCCAGGCAGUAAGGAUGGGGAACCUUCAACUUUUUAGUGAAGUUUUGGAAAAUUUUGGACCAAGAUUCCGUGCAGAUCACACAUUUACGCUAAUUCUCCGUCUUAGGCAUAAUGUCAUAAAAACUGCUAUCCGAGCUAUUGGUCUAUCCUAUUCUCGUAUCACACCUGCAAAUAUAGCUCAAAAAUUAGGCUUAGAGUCUCCAGAAGAUGCUGAGUUCAUUGUUGCGAAGGCUAUUCGCGAUGGUGUCAUUGAGGCGACCCUCGAUCCUGAACAUGGUUACAUGCAAAGUAGGGAGCCCACAGACAUUUAUUGUACCUUAGAGCCCCAACUUGCGCUCCAUCAAAGAAUUUCUUUCUGCUUAGAAUUACACAACCAGAGUGUAAAAGCAAUGAGAUAUCCACCAAAAUCUUAUGGGAAAGAUUUAGAAUCGGCUGAAGAGCGACGAGAACGUGAACAGCAAGAUCUAGAACUGGCCAAAGAAAUGGCUGAAGAAGAUGAUGAUGGUUUUCCUUAAAAAGCGUGUCAGUUUCAUUCAGCAAGUUUUAAAACUUUUUACUUUUUUAUAAUUUAAUUUUAAGGAAGAAAAAAGAACUAAAGAAAAAAUGUCUGCAUUUAACUCAACUUAUAUGUCUAAAAUUGCUUCACUUUUUACUGUCAUUAGCUCUGGAACUAUCUUUAUUAAAUGCAACAAACCAGAAUUGGAACUUGGAAAAAAUUAUCCAAGCUACCAGCGUAGUCCUCUGUUCUAUUCAUUUUGCUCUUCAUGUUCGUUUUGGAACCAGUUCAUUGUACUAUUUCAUGUGUAAUAAAUCAGUAAUAAAAGUAAUAAUAACAACAUUAAAAUAAUGGAGGAAACCGG